AUGAAGCUUGAUAACACUAAUUACUUGGGCUGGUCACACUCAGUGAAGCUUUCCCUUAGGAGCAAAGGGAAGCUUGGGUAUGUUACAGGUACUAUUAAAGCCCCCGAGCAUGGUUCUCCUACCUAUGAAAAAUGGGAGACAGAGAACUCUACGGUCAUGACAUGGCUCAUCUUCUCCGUGAAGCCUGAGAUCAGGAGAAGAUUUAUGCGAAAGGAAACAACCAAGGCAAUUUGGGACAGUAUCUCCCAGACCUUUGACAGGGUAGGUGACUCUACCAAGGUUUAUCAACUUCACCAAAAAAUUAAUUCAAUGAGGCAAGGUGAUAGAAGCAUUUCUAAAUACUAUAAUGCUUACAUUAGUCUUUUGGAGGAGUAUGCCCACUACAGGGAUCUUCAAUUGACUAACCCAGAGGAUGAAGCAAAGGUACAUCACAUUCUUGAAAAGGAGUGUGUCUUCACUUUACUUGGAGGUCUGAAUCCUGAUUAUGAACCAAUCAGGCUCCAGAUUUUGGGCCGGUCCCCUUUUCCAUUUCUUGAUGAGGUCUCCACCUUAGCUUCUACAGCAGCCCAGUCAUGGGUCAUUGACUUUGGUGCCACUGAUUACAUGACUGGAUUUGGUGAUGAAGAGGAUUAUUAG